CUGCCAUCCCAGGCACUUGGCUGGAGACAGCGUGCAGCCAACAUGCUCUGCUGCUUUCCCAGGCCUCGAAGCCCCAGCCUCAGGACCCCGCGUGGAAAAGCCACUUGGGAACGAGGGAGAGGAUGGUUCGCUCGGCCCAGAUUCUUCAGCACCCGCGCCAGGAACCGCCCAACUGUCAUGGGCAGCACAGGGCAGGGCUCGGCAGCUCCGGCCCCCAGGCACCCAGAGACAAGAGGGAGCGCAGGACAGGUGUCCCUAGGCUCGGCCACCAGCCACUCGGAGCCACUGAGUCCGGGACAGGCCCAUUUAGGCCUGGCCACCACUACGGGAAAUCAGUCGACCAAGAGCCUGGCAGAGGUCUGCACAGAGAGCUCGGUGCAGGCAGGGCCACCCCGCACCCUGACGGAGCCCCUGGAGCCGGCCUUCCUGGACAGCGGCCCCAGCCCUGGCCCCUCCUUCCUGGACUCCUCAAGGGCCGACACGUCCACCCCACAGGCCCUGCUGGUGGGAAGGUCCACCUCUCCUGUCCGUGACUCUGCACUGGAGCUGCACUCCCAGGUGGAUUCCCAGGCUGAGCUUCUCCUGGAGCCCCCUGAGCCCCCUGAGGCAGAGCCCCCGGCAUCAGCUCCAGCCCUCACUGAAGUCCCAGCUGUAGAGCUGGUGCCAGCUCCACCUGCCGCUCCUUCCCCAGCUCAGGCUCUAGAGCCAGCGCCAGCUCCUGGAUCCUUGUGGUCGCCAGCUGCAGAGCUGGAACUCCUGGAGGCUCCAUCGCAGGGCUCACCUCUUGAGCUCUACCUGGAGGCAGCUCUUGACCCAAACCUCCCAUUCCCUUCUCUGCCAGAUUUACUUGUUAUUGUACUUAUUGCUUUCCUUAAUUCCCAGAGAUGUGGACACCGUAGAAUUAAUGUAAAUAAAGUUAAAGAGUUUAGUGCUGUUUAA